GUCAACAAGGCCAAUCAGUAUCAUAUUGCCAGCGUUGAAGGCGUCGUCAUUUUUUCGGCCAAUGCCUCACUUCUUCGCUUUCCACCCAACUGGCCACGCGAUUAGUUCCAUCUCCUCAUGAUGAGCACGCAUCAGUCGCAUCAACCGGCGCAUCGAUAAAAUAAACUCUACGACCGUUAACGUACCCGAUACAUCGUAAACCAUCUUCAUCUUCUACACCUCAAACGUCCGGAGCAGCCGUAGCAGCCGUAGCAGCAUCACAUCAACAUCACCACCACCACCACCACCCGCCACCAUGUUCUCUCCCUCCCUCACCCAGGUCAGCGGGAAUGCAUCGGUCGGCGCGACGCCCAACACACGCGGCCGCAGACGUCAGCGACCCGCAAACACAGAGACUCUGGCCGAGCAACCCAGGGCUAAACGCCAACGGAAACCGCUGUCGGAACAGACCUUCGUGAACCCAGAGGCUACACUCGAGACAUACGAGGUCAAGUCUGCGCGACCCUCGAUCGAGUUGAAACAGGAUGGCCUCGAAAACCCCCCCGAGGUGAAAAAGGAGCUCAGCUUGCGGUCGAAAAAACCAAAGACAGGGGAGCGAAUACAUAAGGGAGAUGGCAGUGUUGUACUGACGAGCAACAAUGCCUUCAUUGUCAGCAAACUUCCUGCUCUGCCGGAUAGGCUCCGAACAGACGCGACAAGCCGACAACAUGGCACUAUUGACCCCUUAACUGGCUAUGCAUUGAACCUUUCACAGACACACGCCGUCGUAUGGCCCUACUCAGCACCGACACCCUCUCCCGAAUCGUUCGUCUUCACAUUACCAUAUCCCGCGAAGAACUCCACCGACCCUUUACCGCUAGGAUCCCUAAUCGCCCCCUCAGCGUCAUCCUCCGAACCUGGCUUGGUUGUCGUGAUACCGACGAGCGGGAAGAUCACCUACUGGGAAUCGAUAUCGAGUGCAACGACCCUAGACUUCAUGCGCCAACAGCGCACUGGCGUUGAAGACUCAAUACCUGGGAUGUUUUCAGGCGAAACAGUCAUUCAGAUCGUCAAUGCUGAGUCUGCUGCCGGCUUCAUCUUGGUUUUCAGCAGCGGCCGACUGGCCCAUAUGAGUGUCCGGGAUGCUCAUGGUCGGCCAAAAAUAUCGGUACAAUUCUUGCGUACUAGUCUUGGUCCGUCAGUUGGUGGCCUUUUUGGAAGCAUUCGACAGGUCCUGUCCCAUGCUGCUCAAGGCGACAUCGCUGCGGUGAGAUCAGACCGACCAUUGAAGCAAGGAGAGCGCACUAUCGUUGCGGCCACUUCCAAAGGGAAGCUGCACGCCUGGAGGAUACACCGCGGUGGCCACCACGAUCUUCUAACCGAGUUCGAUGCCAGGGAACCCAUCAUCCAGGCCAUACAGGACAGAGACCUUUCAGCCAGCAAAUACCCAAUAGAGUCAUUCAAGAUUAUGGACUUCAGCUUUGUUCCCAGUGUUCUCGACUCCAGGUACUCGGAAAUGAGCCAACUUCGCCAGGGCCCGCAGUCUGCCGAUUUCCAGCAUCUGCUACUCCUCACUUCCUUCACCGGCAAAAACAUAUGUCGAUAUAACCUUGUUGAGGUCCUUCUACCAAACGGGGCCUCAACGGAAUCUGCGAUCGUCGUCGGCAUGGUUCGACCGAUCUACAACUACUCGACGCCUCCAGAUGUUCAUGCGCUCGCGAAGCCGCGGUUAUACCUACCUAGACCGUCUGUUGUCGCAUUUCUGGUGUUUGACCGUGCAGCAGUCAUAGCCUCAAUUGCGAGAGCCCCAGAUUCUCCAGACUCCCAGCUGAUGGAGGACAAUCACAUCUUACCUCCAACGUACGAAGAUGUGGUGGACCUACGGGACGAUCCCACGCUUGAAAUUGUUGGCUCGGGCGUGGAAGAACCUCAAUUACCGGGAUCUGAGGAAGCCCGAACUCACCGGAUCAAAGCAAAAAAUCCAUCAGCAGUUUUCCUGGUGCGUGGUGCCGGUACUCUCAGGGCCACAACUACCGACGCCGAACGGUUUGCGAGUGAGAAGCCUCCGAAGAUCACGGCAAAGAGCAAAUUGGAGCAGGCAGUGUUCUUCGGUAUCAAGGAAGGAAACCCCCUGGUCUUUGAUGUCCCGCGUGAAUUGCCAUUCUCCGACAACGAAAUUGGCGAUGCUGCACUGGAACUGAGCAGCGAUAUUCUGACUUCUAACAGUCCUCAUCUUACUGCUCUGGCUCCUCAUCUUGAGAACAAUAUGCAGAUGCGAGUUCGAGCUUUAGAUAAACUCAUGUCCCAUUUGAGGAGUCUGAAGGUUGAUCUGAGUCGCAACACGAGAUGGGAAUUGCUAUGGAAUGCAGAAAAAUUACAAGCUGCGCGUUUUAUUUGGCAGAAGCACGAGCAUUUCAUCAAUAACCGCCCAGGCGACGCGAAGAAGGACCUCGUUGCGGAGGUGGUAGAGUUCAUCAGAAAUGAGGAAAAGGCACCGCGCGACGUGGCGAGAGGAGAGGUGGAUCAGUUGAGGCACUUCUUUGUGCACGAUGCGCACCGUAUGAACCUUUUCCUUGCUUGGGCUUAUGAGGUCGUCAAGUACAAUGCCAAAGCCAACCUGGACCAAGCCUCGCUUACCCGGCUGGUCUAUGAGGCGAUCGAGAUAAACAACGGAGCCCUCCGCGACGCAAUGGCAUUCCGAAAGACGCAUCUGGCCCUCUACGGGUUACAGGGCGAGAAGAUGGCCAACGGAAUCCUUUCGGAUAACUACACUGGCCUUCCGGCACCUUGGACGGCGGAUCAGUAUAUCACCAACAAUUUGAAACGUCUCGUGGAGCUUGCUUCCGAGUGGGCCAAGGAGAACUACCUGCCGAACUCCCCCAAUACCCCGGAGCAAGUCUUGAUUCAACGGAUACGCGCUUUGCUGCCGCCAACCAUCGAGGUCUACUUGACAGCCGUGCAAGAGCUGUCGCGGUGGGCUCUGGCCAGUGAAAACCCUAAGUAUGUUACCAUUGGCCAAACAUUCCAGGCAACCUACGAAGCAGAUCGUCAUGACAAGGUCGUCCUACUCGCCCAAACGGCAAACUGGGAUGCUGCAAUCAAGAUCGCAGAGGAACACAGGUCUCUCGCUGCGUUGGCGGACAUCUUGACUUCGCAGAUUGAUUCUUAUCGCAAGAAGCUCGAGGUCGGCGGCCUAUCUUCUGAAGAGACCGCUCAUCUUGAGGAUUUGAUGGAAGCCAAGGAAAGGCAGGUCCGAGACAGUUUUGACAAGUACGGCAAGGCAUUCGCCUUCCCCUUCUACGAGCAUCUCAUCCGCGUAUUCGGAAUUGAUGCCGUCCUCGAGUACGCCGGCGACAAGCUCUACAAGACGUCGUAUCUACGCACGAAACCAGAGCUUGCCAAGGUGUCUUGGAUCAACGAUAUCAUCGGGGAAGAAGAUAUUCUGCAUGCUGCUGAGACUCUUCUUAACAUCGGCUUGGCACGUGAACAACAAGUGUGGAAUAAGAAGAUCGAGCUAAGUCUGGGCAAGCUUGCUCGGAUGGCUGAAGCAUCUCGCCCUACCAGCAAAGCAUCAGCCAGUAUUCAGGAAGCCACCGUCAAUGAAUCAGUCGCUGAUGCCAGCGUCGAUGCCAUUGACAAAGAGCUUGCUAUUAUCAAGAUACAAGAUCAGCUCUACGGACAGAUUCGCCCUGUUGUUAGUGUCGCAAUCGACGAGUCAGCAGAGCUUCCCAUGGCAAUCGAAGAAUUCCCCGUCAAAGUCCCGAAGAAGUAUAAGAUCCUCUCCGAGAUUUUUGAGGACGGUCUGGGUCGUCUGCUCAGACACGAAGCACUCGAUCCUCUUACUCUCAUCGACCUGCUUACCCUGAUUCAAUUGAAACCUGAGCUUAAGGAGCUCAUACCUGACCAGUUCUUCCUUGCCAUUGAGGUCGCCAACUACGGUCUUUCUGGAAGCGAACGCGACCAAGCUGAGCGCCUCAUCUGGAGAAGAUGUUACCUCCGAGAAGAUUGGACGCGGAUCAACAACACGUCUCUCAAGGGCGACAAUGACAUCAUGGAAGUUCUUGGCACUACUGACCUAUUUCCAGUCUUUUGUGUUCUCUAUGCAAACCAACAAAGUGGAAUAGACGGCAAGCCUUAUCGACGUGUCAUGCCUUCGGAAGCACUAGGCGUCUAUACCGACACCCUGGACAAACGCUUCAAGAACCUUGACAAGGCUUACCGCGAGAAGCUCCUUGAGGCCAUGCGUUGGGAGGAUAAGAACCUCAAGACGCAUAUCGAGAAGCACCGGCUAGAGCAGUGGGCCAGGGACACCCGAAAACUGGCGGAGGAUGCCGUGGAUCACCAGUACGACCAAAAGACGGAGGAAGGCGCGGCAUCGCAGUCGCCCGUGCCGUCAAGGGGAUAUGGUGCUUCAAAUGGAAUCGAGGCAAACGGUAUCCAUUAGAGUACACAGUCGCCUGAUGAAUGUUGUAAUAGGUGCAGUGACUGGGGGCCGAAGAUGGCGUCCGGGCUGUACAAUAAUGAAUAAGUGUGGUGUCGGUUUAUAUAUCCUGUUGGAAGGCGUAAUGGGGUGGACAAUGCGGACAGGGAGUAAGAGACAACAGACUUCGUUCGAUCUGGGACUAUGUGACGGAUUGCUGAGAAAUGGAUACAGCAACAACACAAAAUAGGACCGCAAUGCAAAUCAAAGGGAGGCUGGUCUUCUACGCUACAUUCUGCAUCACCUAUGCGUUAUUGAGCAUUCGAGCGUUCUCUGUGUUUUACUUGAGAUUAUAUUUGAGACUGGUAGAUGAGAUAAGCGGCAUUAUUAUGCCAGGGUGAUGUUUCAUAUGGUAGUUUUUUACUCUUGAUAGCGCUCAUUCACUUUUACUGCUCAUAGAACGAGUCAACUGUGCCGUAUAUUACUGCUGUGAAAAUUGAC